AUGUGCGGCAAGGCGCUCGUAUACUACACUUCCCAGAAUGCAGUUCACCGCCUGUUGAGGGAGACAGUGGACUUCAUAGUGUCCCCUGUGCCGUGUCUCAGUGGUGUCCCCUGUGCCGUGUCUCAGUGGCGUCCUCUGUGCCCUGUCUCAGUGGUGUCCUCUGUGCCGUGUCUCAGUGGUGUCCUCUGUGCCGUGUCUCAGUGGUGUCCUCUGUGCCGUGUCUCAGUGGUGUCCCCUGUGCCGUUAGUGUCCCCUGUGCCGUGUCUCAGUGGUGUCCCCUGUGCCGUGUCUCAGUGGUGUCCCCUGUGCCGUGUCUCAGUAGUGUCCCCUGUGCCGUUAGUGUUGCCGUGUCUCAGUAGUGUCCCCUGUGCCGUGUCUCAGUGGUGUCCCCUGUGCCGUGUCUCAGUGGUGUCCCCUGUGCCGUGUCUCAGUGGUGUCCCCUGUGCCGUGUCUCAGUGGUGUCCCCUGUGCCGUGUCUCAGUAGUGUCCCCUGUGCCGUUGGUGUCCCCUGUGCCGUGUCUCAGUGGUGUCCCCUGUGCCGUGUCUCAGUGGUGUCCCCUGUGCCGUGUCUCAGUGGUGUCCCCUGUGCCGUUUGUGUCCCCUGUGGCCUCAGUAGUGUCCCCUGUGCCGUUGGUGUCCCCUGUGCCGUGUCUCAGUGGUGUCCCCUGUGCCGUGUCUCAGUGGUGUCCUCUGUGCCGUGUCUCAGUGGUGUCCCCUGUGCCGUGUCUCAGUGGUGUCCCCUGUGCCGUGUCUCAGUGGUGUCCCCUGUGCCGUGUCUCAGUGGUGUCCCCUGUGCCGUGUCUCAGUGGUGUCCUGUGCCGUGUCUCAGUGGUGUCCUGUGCCGUGUCUCAGUGGUGUCCUCUGUGCCGUGUCUCAGUGGUGUCCUCUGUGCCGUGUCUCAGUGGUGUCCUCUGUGCCGUGUCUCAGUGGUGUCCUCUGUGCCGGGUCUCAGUGGUGUCCUCUGUGCCGUGUCUCAGUGGUGUCCCCUGUGCCGUGUCUCAGUGGUGUCCCCUGUGCCGUGUCUCAGUGGUGUCCCCUGUGCCGUGUCUCAGUGGUGUCCUCUGUGCCGUGUCUCAGUGGUGUCCUCUGUGCCGUGUCGCAGUGGUGUCCCCUGUGCCGUGUCGCAGUGGUGUCCCCUGUGCCGUGUCUCAGUGGUGUCCCCUGUGCCGUGUCUCAGUGGUGUCCCCUGUGCCGUGUCUCAGUGGUGUCCCCUGUGCCGUGUCUCAGUGGUGUCCCCUGUGCCGUGUCUCAGUGGUGUCCCUGUGCCGUGUCUCAGUGGUGUCCCCUGUGCCGUGUCUCAGUGGUGUCCCCUGUGCCGUGUCUCAGUGGUGUCCUCUGUGCCGUGUCUCAGUGGUGUCCUCUGUGCCGUGUCUCAGUGGUGUCCUCUGUGCGUGUCUCAGUGGUGUCCUCUGUGCCGUGUCUCAGUGGUGUCCUCUGUGCCGUGUCUCAGUGGUGUCUCUGUGCCCUCUGUGCUCGUGCGUCUCAGUGGUGUCCUCUGUGCCGUGUCUCAGUGGUGUCCUCUGUGCCGUGUCUCAGUGGUGUCCUCUGUGCCGUGUCUCAGUGGUGUCCUCUGUGCCGUGUCUCAGUGGUGUCCUCUGUGCCGUGUCUCAGUGGUGUCCUCUGUGCCGUGUCUCAGUGGUGUCCUCUGUGCCGUGUCUCAGUGGUGUCCUCUGUGCCGUGUCUCAGUGGUGUCCUCUGUGCCGUGUCUCAGUGGUGUCCUCUGUGCCGUGUCUCAGUGGUGUCCUCUGUGCCGUGUCUCAGUGGUGUCCUCUGUGCCGUGUCUCAGUAGUGUCCCCUGUGCCGUGUCUCAGUAGUGUCCCCUGUGCCGUGUCUCAGUAG